AUGUGCCCCCCCUGCGCGCUGCGGGCUCCAGCCCAGCGCCCCGAGUGGCCGCGGGGCGGACUGCGCAGGCCGGGCUCCACCUCCAGGGCAGCGCCUCCUCGCUCGCGCGUCCCGCGGCGUCCCCGGUCCCCUUUUCCCGCGGGGGCGCAGCCCUGCGGCCGCAGGAGACCCUGUUCCCCAGCCCCGCGCAUUACCAGCCCAGGGGCGCCCCAGCGGGCCCUCCUGGGUCCCGCUAGUCUGCGUGGGAGACGUUCGGGGGAUGGACUCCCCGGGACCGCGUGGGAACGUGGGCACCUUUGCCUGGGAACUGUGUUCCGCCCUCUAUUCCUAGCGCGUAAUUUCUCCUAUUCUCACCGGAACGGGAAAAGCACCGUGCAGCUGCUCGACUUGUUAGAAGGGAUUUGGGGGAGCCGAAGCCAUUCCCGUGUUUUACCGACCUGGGAAACUGAGACUCAGAAAGGGACGGGUGUACCCGGGUCUCAGCGCAUUCGCGGAGCUACCGCGUCCGACAGCCCCGCGUUGGCCCGCGCGGGGCGCUCGCUGCCGCAGCUGUUGGCGCCGGUGGGAGGGGGACGCGGCCGCGGCCCGGGCGCCCAGCGACCUGCCCGACACCGGCCCUGCAGGAGCAGAGACGCGGAGAGGAAACCGGGCAGAUCCUGCGUCUCUGAGACGGGACGUCUCUUGCAAGAUCUUGAUCUAAUUCUACGCAACAGUGAUAUAUUUGAUUGCGAAAUUAGCCUGGACAGCCAUUCUUUGCAAAGUGAAUUAAAUUCCUUCUUGUGGACCAUAAAGAAAGAUCUGCCACCUUACUUCUUUGGCACAAUCCAUGUCCCAUACACGCGGGUGUGGGACUUCAUCUCGGACAAUUCCAAGGAGGCUUUUCAGCAGAGCAGCAUCGUGUACUUCGAGCUGGACCUCACAGACCCCUACACUAUCUUGGCCCUCACUAGCUGUCCAAUGCUGCCACAGGGCAAGAACCUCCAGGAUGUGCUCCCCAGGGACAUCUCCUGCCACCUCAAGCACCACCUAGAGUACGUCCAGCUCCUGAUGCCCUCGUGGAUGACCCCCGACCAGCACGGUAAGGGUCUCUAUGCAGACUACCUCUUCAAUGCCAUUGCGUGGAACUGGGAGCGCAAGAGGCCCAUCUGGGUCAUGCUCAUGGUCAACUCCCUGACCAAAGUGGACGUUAAGUCCCGUGGGGUGCCUGUGUUAGACCUGUACCUUGCCCAGGAGGCCGAGAGGCUAAGGAAACAAACUGGGGUGGUGGAAAAAGUGGAAGAGCAGUGCCAUCCAUUGGAUGGGCUGAACUUUUCUCUGGUCAUCUUUGCUUUGAACCAGACCCUCCUGCAGCAGGAGAGCCUGUGAGCAGGCAGCCUUCAGGUCCCCUACAUGACCGAGGACCUCAUCAAACAGUAUAACUGCAGGGACCUAAGUCACCUCAGCCACGACAGCUCCCAGGUUCCCAGUUUCGUCAAUGCCACGCUGCCACCUCAGGAACGCAUACAGGAGAUCCACAGCUACUUCUGCCAGGAGCUUAUUAUCUAUGAGUGGAACUAGAGGGCGGCGAAGCGGGUGAAGGCACUUCUGGAGGAGUUCCCUGACAAAGGCUUUUUCUUUGCCUUCGGAGCUGGUCAUUUCAUGGGGAACAAGAACACAGUGCUCGAGGCUUUGUGGCAUGAAGGCUACGAGGUAGAACCCGUCCCUGCUGGACGACCCAUCAACAAGGAACCUUCCUGUGCAUCUAGAAGAAUAAAAGCCCCUUUCGUCUUCACUCCGGAAGUACCCACCCUGGAAGCAUCGGUACCGGAAGCUGCAUCUGUGGUGCACUCACUAUUGCUGUCCCAUGUGUCCCUGCCCAGAAACAACCUGCCUGGCGAGGCAAAGUGGAAAUUCCGGAAGAAGCGGAGGUGGCCGCAGUGGAGGUGGCAGCUUCGGCAGUUCAGCGACCUGUGGGUCCGAUUGGAGGGGAGUGCUGUGGUGCCACAACUCCAGGUGCCUGAUCUGAACAGGCACCUCUCUGCUGAGCUGCGGCCCCCUCAGCCUGGACACUCCCACCGCCACCAGAUGGUGGCCAGCAGUGCCUCCCUGUCUCUCUGGACUCUCGUGUUUUGGGUGCUGGUUCUGGCUUACCAAACAGAGACACCCCCCCUGCAGUGACUGGAGGAGCCAGGCUAAGACCCUGACCUCUUGGACUAAAGGACGACCUUUCUUGUCCUCCAUGCUCUGGUCUGGCCUUGACAGGCCCAACCCAGGAGAAGGUGUUCAGAAUCAAAGUCAAUGUCAGUGCUUCUCUUUCGAAAUGACUUUUGGUUAUCCAACAGUGCUUGGGGUAAUGUACAGUUUUGUAACAUAAUGAGCUGUAUGAAAAGAAUUAAUUGUAA